UUUCAUUAGUAAGGAGAGUACUUAUUUUGAGUCUCUUGUUGUUGGUCUUUGGAGUUGUGCAUGCACAAAGUGGGAAGGGAGUUAUGGAAGAGGAAGACACUCCAUGUCUGAAACAUAUGAGGAAGGUUCUUAGUCCUGAAGGACUGGGAGAUUUGGUACAAGUGGCCCUGAAUAGUGCGAAGGGAUUGAAUGAGUUAGGUGAUUAUGAAAGCUGUAAUGCUGAUGGGUUGGAGUAUUCGUUGCUGGCACUUGAAUUGAUGCCUAUUGGAUUCACGGUUUUGAGGCUUGGGCUCUGUGUACCACAGGAGUGAGCUAAUCAGGAAAGUUUCAAAGGGAUUUCUGAUUAUAUUGAGAAAAUGGCUGCUCCAUCUUUGCCUGACGAUGCCAAGAUUGUUGCUAAAGUUACAGUUCCAAAAGAAGUACUCGCAGAGUCAAUGUCGACAGGUGCAAUUAUAAUUCUGGUUGUCACUGGAUUUAUUGUCUUGCUCUGGCUUCUUGGCAUGCUUGUUAGCUAUACUAAUAUUGGGAAUAAUGGGAACUUCAGAUCAGAGAAGAUUGAGGAUAAAAAGAUGCCAUGGGCACUUGCUCUUCAUUCUUGGAAUCCUAUCGUAAAUCUUGAGAAACUUUUCACUGUGAAGGAAGGAGGAGAUAAAACUCUGAACGUGUUGAAUGGAGUUAGAGUGCUCAGUAUUGGAUGGGUAAUACUUGGACACUCAUUUUCUUUUGUUACUAUGUCAGCUAUCAAAAAUGGACAAACACUUAAUGUUUUAUUUGAUAGUGAUUUCUUCUCUAUUGUUCCUGGAGGCAUCUAUGCUGUUGAUACUUUCUUCUUUCUUUCUGGAUUCUUGACAUUUGCUCUGCUGAUCUCAAAAAUGUACCCUAAGAAAGGGAUGAUUGGAAUUGUAAAUACGUUUCUGAUCUAUUUCCACAGAUAUUAUAGACUCAUCUUCCCGAUGAUAUACAUUCAAUUUUUUACUAUGUUUGUCAUGAGGUAUUUCGGGAAUGGGCCAAUGUAUCGACAGAGUUGGGAUUUCCUGACCAAAUCUUGCUUCGCAAACCCAUGGCAAAACUUUGUGUUCAUUGCCAACCUAUACCCUUGGGGGAUGGCUGAUCAAUGCAUCGGUUGGGUCUGGUAUCUAAUGUGUGACAUGCAGUUCUUCAUUAUCAGUCCUCCAAUUAUUAUUGUCUAUUGCAUGAACAGGAAGAUUGGAAAACUACUAGUAAUUUGUAUGAUUGGGGCUUCAAUGAUUACUAUGGGAGUCUUAUCAAUCAUAUGGAAUAUCGGAAUGGAUGGUAACUCAACUAAGAUUCAAAAUGUUGGAGACUACGUGUACAACAAGCCUUGGACCAGAAUGGGUGCUUACUUUGUAGGUGCUCUGUUUGGAAUCUCCUACUUUGAACUCUCCUGCAGGGACAAGCACCAGGAGCUAUCAAGCACAUUGUUCAACAAGUGCUAUGAUAUUCUGAAGAACUCUCAGGUGAUUUCGUUGUUGGUGUGCUGAUUUGGAGUAGGAAUCACAGCUCUGUAUGUGUUCCCGAAUGCAGCUUAUGCCAGGGGAUGAUUUGCUUCUGAAGAUUCAGAUAGUGGAAACUGCUGGCCUCUAUUUUUAUCAACUUUGUGGAAUAUGACAGCCAGACCUUUCUUUGUUGUAGGAGUAGGUCUAAUUAUUGUUCCCACAUUUGUAGGAAGAUUGAGAGUUAUUAAAGCAUUCUUAGGUGCAGAAACUUUUGAAGUGUUGGCAAGGCUCAACUACAUGGUUUAUAUGGUUCAUUGUCUUGUGCUCUUUCAUUUUCUAAAUAACAUGAGAACUAGUGCUUAUGUGACCAGUGUAACACAAUGGUUCUUUGCUAUUGGAUGAACUAUGAUCUCUUUCAUUGUUGCAAUUCCACUAACCCUCAUCUGCGAAGUUCCAUUCAUGAAUCUUGAGAAAUACAUAUUAUUCCCGAAGAAGCAAAAGAAGAAGAUUGAGGAAGUUUCUUUGGAAGCUGAGUACAAAAAAGGUAAUGGAAAAGCUGAGUUCUACAAGCUGGAAGACCAUGAUGACACAGUAGAGUCUGGAAGGAAACUAUUGGAGAAAUCCUAA